AUAAAUUCGGACUCAGGCAGCACUCGCCUAGCAAGCUCUCGUAUGCAUGCCGAUAAACUCUAGACAAUGCUCUUUGCCGAGCAGCACUCCCUGUACACUCAUAUCCCCGUAUCUAGCGGGGCAGAGUCCACAUCGUAUAAUUUCGUACAGCUUCCUCGGCCAAACUCAGUUGUUCUCAUCCAUGGUCUCUACAUCCUCUUCGAUGUCUGUUGGUUCCUCCGCCACCUCCCCGUCCUCUAUCAAUCCAACUCCUCCUGUUCGAGGUCUUUUGUUAGCUCCUCCACUGCCUUCCUGCGCCUUAUAAAAUCCUCAUCCACCUCCUUGUCCUCUAUAAAAUCCUCCUCCACAAAAUCCUCCUCCGCUUUCAUUUCAUUUAGGUUAACUAUAGUUGACCCCAGCCUAUCAAGUACCCGCUUCUCCUCCUCUUCCCUUUUUGUUGUCGGUUUCUCCUCUACCUUCUUGUCUCUUUCUUCUCGCUCGAUCUCGAGCCCUGACAUGCCUUCCUCAAGUCCUCCAUCUUUCUCUUCGCACGCCUUGCCAGCGUAUGCCUUUUCCAGUAUUUUUGUCAUAAACUCUGCCAUAUGUGUUCCUCCUGUCUUCAACUCCUCUUUGAGCAUCAUCCCCAGCAAGGCCGCCGUCUCCUUGUCCCACUUCUCUUCAUACACUUCCUGAACCAUUUGCUGCCCAAUAUGCGCCAGCUCCUUCGCCGCCUUCCUCGUCGCCAUGACAUGAUGGACAUAAUAGACCAGCGCCAUCUCCGUCAAAUGCUGUCUGCACUCCGGUGUCUUCCUCAGCUUCUGCGCCAACGUGAACGCCGCA